AUGUCUUCUUGUUUUGGCUUCCGGAAGUCCAAGGGCGAGGAUACUGAGGCCUUGCUCCCUCAAUAUGCGGAUGACACGAGUCUGCAGAGGUCUUUACACCAGAAGAUGCACACUUAUCAGAUGAUUAAAGCCCUAUCAGCUGGUUUCAUGCCGUCUACGGAGCAGCUGAUCAUCAAUCUGCGUACUCUUCUAGCAUCAGAUCUUCUGAACCCAGAAAACCCUGAUCUCAGUGACUCUGGUCGACUGCUGUCGAAGUUCUCCAAGCGCUGGCUCUCCCAAUUUAUCGAAGCUCUACGGCACAAGAACGACAGCGAUCAAAUACAGGAUUUUAUCUGGUUUCUAUCCAAGUCAAGAAUCUCACUGGACACUGAAGACAUUGCUAAAACUGCGUCAAAUGUCAAGGCUAAGGCAGACGCUACUGCUGCCUACGAAAGCCUACGUACCGUAGGUAGCCUACUCCUCACCAACUCAGAUUUCAGAAUGUUCCUCGGCGACUUGGGCACCAUUGGUCGUCAGGUCUUCGCAGAUACUGCGUUCUCUUUAUCAGAAGUCGCCGAAGAAGCUGGGCAAAAGUUGGAGCCUUCUGAGCAAGAAAGCAAAGUCAUAAAGGAGCCUGGAUCGGAGGAAGGACCUCCACCCACAGCAAAUGAUCUCGGGAAUGGGGCUGCAGAUAUAUCCAAGGUUGUGGGCAAUGGAUUGGCAAAGACAGGACGCGAUGCAUUCUCAAGUUUGCAGGACAAUGUAUCUGGAGACCAGAAAGAGACGUUGUUGUAUCGUUUGAAAGAGGCUGUCAUGAAGUUGCGAAAACGAAACGACUACUCAGAUUCCGUAUCGACCCUUGGGCUCCUGAUCAAGCGCUACGCCCUAGUGUACUCCAGAGCUGUGGAUGAGACUAUCAGUACCACUCAAGAGGACGUGAACACCAAUCCUGCGCUUGACAAAGCUAUAAAGAACUUCUGGUCGCUCAUCAGCUCCUUCGGUGAUCGGGAACAAUGGCAAUUACUAGAGCAGAAGGUCAAUAAGGUCAUGGAUCACUCCCAGACAGACCCUGAGUUCGAGAAUUUGAUGAUGGAUGUUGGCAACUCUAUACAAAAGCUGCUGACCGAUCCCGACUUCUUCGAAUCCGCAGACAAGAAAAUUCAAGAGCUUCGCAAGAAGGCGAAGGAGGUGGGCACAGAAUCCAACCUCCGCAACGACAUUGACGAGGCACUCUCACAGUUCCAAAUCACCUUCAAAUCCCUUCUCGAAGAUACUGAUGUUUCGAACCUGAUCACGACAACUACUAAAAUCAUCGACAUCCUCUCUCCUCUUCAUGCCGCGACAAAUAAAGAUCUAAUCCAGGAUUUCUUGAACGUUUUUAUGCCACUACUUAUCCAAGCAGUGCAGUAUAUCCCAAUACCACGCCUCGAAAUAUCAGUUCCAGAGAUCGACCUCCUUCUUGAGAACCUGAUCAUCGAACCGGGCCGCACUAUAAAUAACACCUCUUUCCUCCCCUAUAAACUCCGCAUCGAAACCUACAACGACCUCGAAAUCCGCAAAGCCCACACACUGCGCACCACCAGUUCCACCACCUCUCUUGUUACGGUCGCCGUCAAUGGCCUUUCAGUCCGAGCGGACGAGGUCGGCUUCUGGCUGCGCGCCCAUAGCGGCAUAUUUCGUCUCGCAGACGAAGGCAUUGCUUCUUUCCAGCUCGAUGAGCGUGGCAUUGAUAUUGCCCUCGACGUCGAGAUUGGCAAAGAAAAGCUUGAAAAGAUUCUGACUCUCAAAGCCGUGCGUGUAGACGUACAUAAAUUAUCCUAUUCGCUGCGAAAGAGUAAGUUUUCCUGGUUGGCGUGGAUCAUUAAGCCUCUACUUCGUCCCAUUGUCCGCAAGGUCCUGGAAAAGCAACUUGCCACCGCCAUUGCGGAUGGUAUGCAUGCCAUGAACCGCGAAUUGCUCUUCGCCCGCGAACGACUACGUGCUACACGUAUCUCGGAUCCUCAAGACAUUCGUACUUUUGUGAAGGCAAUUAUCACCAGAUUGACACCGGCAGAGGAUCCGGAUGUAUACACAGCAGUGGGCGUGACGCCGAGCAAGGGCGUUUUCAAAGGCGUUUAUGCACCAGGAAGUGUGGUGAAAUUGUACGAGGAAGAGGCAAGGCAAGCUUCAGAGAGGGUUGACGACGCCACUGUGGGAGGUGGUUGGAGGAAUGAGAUUUUCGAUGUGCAGACUACUAUGAUGGGACAGUAA